CUCGAUGAUGAUUCAGUCGACGAGAACUUGCAGGCUUCUGAGUAUUUUAUCCAAAUAUAGAGAAAAGCAAAACGACAUGCAGCAAGCAUUAAGAGGCGUUGACGUAAACGUACCUCGUUCAAUCUCCCUGCUGAUGGGUCCCGUCUGUCUGAGGUUUGCGGUCCGUCCUACAAUGAUGAGCAGGGAGUAUUUGUGGAGGCUCAAGUCGGGGUUUGCGGUCGCGGCGCGCCUCGACUCCUCCUGGACCUCCCUCUCCGACACCCGGCUGGACGCCAUGUUGGAAACUUGCUCUUGGAUGUGAUGUCAUUGAAAAAUCCUGACAGCGCUUUUUAUUGCAGAGAGAGAUGACAGCUGGUGUGCCGGAAUGCAGUCGUGCAUUGUUGAAUGUUUAGAGGCGGCAUUAUUGAUGACGCGUGGCAAAAACGAAUCAAUAUAUAUUUUCUUUAUUGUCGUCCCAUAAGUGUUUUUUAGUGCUGUAAUUGUAAUCAAAAGCAAUUUUCCAACAAGGAUUUUGCGGGAAAAUGACGAUCCUCUAGUUUCAAGACUACAAUUGAGGUGGUGCAUUUUAUAAUACUGCAUACUGUAACCCCUCGUUUGUAUAUAACAGUACAACAGAUACACAAACACUUGGAUAUAAUUUAGUUUAUUUAUUGACCUUAUCUUACAAAUGUGUUUAGAAAUCGUUGCUUAUAGCUUUGCUAUCUCCCCCAUAGCAGGAACAACAAACACAAUUACAGGGGUGAAAAUAAUUUAUGACAAAAACAUACAAAGUAUUUCACAAGAUGCCACAAUCCCACACAAAUAACUUCCACGGUGGAAGAACACGUUAGAUCUAUUCAAAACAUAACGUAACAUUUUGUAGUCUAAAUUUGUCAAAUAAAAACAUCAUUUAUAAUCACAUAUGUCAUUAAUUUUUCCCAUUAUUUUCCUUCACAAACAUUUGAGAACAUAAAAGUUACAGGUAGUACCCCGGGGACAGCUGCACAGCGUGCCAAUGCGCGCGCCUUUACGCACGGCGCACGGCUCCCCGGCGUCACACUGGAACGACAAAAGCAACAUAAAUUCAUGAAAAUAGGGAUAUUGUUGUUCACUCGUUUUCUUGAUAAAAAAAAAACUGUGUUUCAAAAGUAAUGGUCAUACAAAAGUCAGAAGGUUAUGCGUAUGCAUUGAUUUCCAUGUUCAAACACUUAUUUCAAAAUACAUUUUAUGAACAGGACAAAUCCUCGUCAAAUAUGCUCUGAGACACCAGAAAUCACAUCUACGAAAAUCUUCUAUUUUAGCAUAUUUGUAGAUAUUAUAAAUUCAAUGAAUUUCACAAACAUAGACUUUUUCAAAUGUAUUUAUAAAUAAACAUAUUCUGUCCUGGAAAUAAUAAACUAAUUAAGCAGUUUUAUAAUAUCUUACACCUACCGAAGGCAGCCAACCAUGCUUUUUCUCUAAGGGCAUAUCUUUGCUCCUCAGCUUCUCCAAAACUUCUUGCAACGCGUCAAUCUGCAAAGAAAUGCCAAAAAGUAAAAUAUUCAUCAAAUAUAUUAAAACUUGACACGUGUUCAUUUUGAGGAAAACUCAUUCUUUAAAUUUAAAAGAUCAACGUUUUCUUUUAUGCGUGUGCUAUUAAUCUUUUUGUAAGAGAGUCACUUUCUCGAACAAUGUUUAUUUUUGCGCAUCGUUCAACAGCCUUCAUUCAUCCUGCUGACAUUUCACAUCCAAACCCCUGGUAAAAUCUCUCACCAGGUCUUUCUCCUGUUGGGUUUUCAGAGGGAAAUCCAACGAGCGCGUCUCCAUGGAGGAGUCUUCUGCAUGAGCGAGCCACAGGUAGGCGCAGCAGCAGGUGACCGUGAGGAGAGCCCGAGCGCCGACCAUGGUGCUGACACAAAAAUUGAAGCAGUCUCUUUUUGGCGAGUGGAGAAAAGUGGAGUGGGAAGUCUGCGGUUGCUCUGUGAAGGAACUGAUGGCUGCUGUUGUAGAUGCUCACCCCUGCCGCAGGGGGGCAGCAGCACACUUUGAAGUGCAGCUCGUGAUGCUAAUAAUGAGACAACCGGAAGUGUACAGUGCAGCCUACAAGCAGCUAGCACUGUUGUGGAAAUAGCUCUCAAUCUAAUUAUUCCAACGGUUUGUUCUCCACGUUGGGUUUCCAGCAAAAGCAACAAUGUCUGAAAGAAAAGUAUUAAAUAAAUACUACCCCCCGGAUUUUGAUCCAGCCAAAAUCCCCAAACUUAAACUCCCUAAAGAUCGUCAAUAUGUAGUCAGAUUGAUGGCUCCAUUCAACAUGAGGUGUAAAACAUGCGGAGAGUACAUCUACAAGGGGAAGAAGUUCAAUGCACGUAAAGAAACUGUGAUGAAUGAGCUGUACAUGGGACUUCCCAUCUUCCGUUUCUACAUCAAAUGUACUCGAUGCCUCGCUGAGAUUACGUUUAAGACUGACCCAGAGAACACAGACUAUGCAAUGGAGCACGGUGCAACAAGAAACUUCCAAGCAGAGAAACUGAUCGAGGAGGAGGAGAAGAGAGUCGUACAGGAGAGGGAAGAAGAGGAACUGAACAACCCCAUGAAGGUGUUGGAGAACCGCACAAAGGAUUCCAAGAUGGAGAUGGAGGUGCUGGAGAACCUUCAGGAGCUGAAGGAGCUGAACCAGAGGCAGGCUCAGGUGGACUUUGAGGGAAUGAUCGACCGGUACAGAGACCAGGAGAAGAGAGACAAGGAGAGGGAGAAAGAAGAGGAUGAGCGAGAGACAAUAGAGAUGCUGGAUCGUGCCCUUGUGAAAAGAAUCCGAGACUCGGACUCUGAUUCAGAGAGGGAAGAGGAGAGCAGCAGCUCCGAGUCAAAGAAACCCAGCACAGACAAACCAACAGACAUCCUCACUACAGUCAAACCCACAGAGUCACAGGGAACCUCAGCUGGAGGAGUGAAGAAGGCCAAGGUGGAGAGCUGGGAGAGGAGUGUGGGGACGCUGGGCGGUAAAGGGGCACUGGGGUCUCUGGUCGUGAGAAAGAAACCAGCGGUGGCUGUCAACAAACCCAGACCAGUGGCAGCAGCUGCUGCUCCCCUUUCACAAACAGAUUCAAAGGCGUCUACGGCUGACUCCAACAAUGCCUCCAAGCCUGUUACCACACAAAAUGGGUCAUCUUCUCUCAGCCUGCUGGGGGCGUAUUCAGACAGUGACAGCGAUGACAGCGAAUGAAUAGAAGAUGCUUGGGAUGUCUUUUUGAUUUGAGCGACGGACACACAAUUGUAUAAAUGAUGUAUGAAGAAAUAUAGGGAUUUGGACCAUUUUUGUAAUUGCUGCACAGAAAUCAAAAUCACGUAUAAACCAGUUUGAGGGUCUAUCCUAUAAAUAUCCUUUCUCUAAAGAAGUGACUGAUAAAGUGUUGGUGGGCAGUCAUUAGCAGGGAUUUUAGUCUGCUGUUCAAGGACUUUCCUGAGAAUUUUACCUUGAAAAAAAUAGUAAUGUUUUCUUUUUUUGUGAGUCAAAUUUGCCCUAUGAAAAUAUCAGGUGUAUAUUUUAGUGUUUAUUAAAAUCUGUUUAACUUCAACUCCUUGUCCUUGACAUGCUUUGAUAUCUUGCAACACCUCUCUUUUGAUGCUAUGUAAUUUAACAUUUGUGUGGACCAUUAAAUGUGAUUUUAAUUAUUCAUUCAUAAAUUUCAUCUGAUUUCUAUUAGAGCUGGGUGAUGCAAUGUUGAUAGUAUGAUAUCUGGGAGUUUGCUUGUUGGUACGGAGCUGUAGAUAUUCAAUAUUCAAAUAAUGCAUUAAUAGCAUCGAUGUCUUGUCUUUUCAGGGCCUCUUAUACAGCUUAGUGGUUUUCUAUCAUUGCCAUUAAAGUUAAUGCCUAUAA